AUGGUCCGAAAUGAACAUAUACUUCUACAACCAUACGCGACGGUCCUCGACACAACAGUGUACAAGGUUUCCUGCCGGCCUCGGCAUUAUUGUCAGGGGCAAAAAACAAUUGGGACGAAAGGUUGCAGCACUUCUCGAAAACCUCGACGUGGAAGCGUUUUGAAUGGUUCGGGACUCCAUAUGGUGCGAGCACACGAGGAAGGCGAAGUAAACCCUUACAGCAUCGGAACAGGUGGCAGGGAAAGCGCGGAAUCUGUCAACAUCCGAGAGGUGGCCGCCGGUCGUCGGUCAGUACGGCCUCUCCUGUCAAGCAGUUAUGGAGCGGAGCAACAGAGGCACCCGAUCCCACUGGCUCAGGAUAUUCCCCCGUCUUCAGCGCUGCUGCUGAAUAACUCCGUUCAUGGGACUGAAAAGUUCUCUACGAAUCUGGAACCGCGGCAGCAGGAGGGUGACGAAGUACUUUUCCUCCCCCCAUUCCUGAGAGCAACCGCCAGAUUUCUAAAUGUCCCAACUGCACCCCCUGAUACACCACCGACAGAGCAGUGCGAUAAUUUUUAUCCCCGUGCUGCAUCGAUGUUCGGGGCCCCUCGUUCCGGCGUAGGUUCAUCUUUGUGCAACAACGAUUCAGAGAAUUGUCCUGAAUGGGCGUCGAGGGCAGGGCCUAGUGACCCGAUAUGUAGUGCAAAGCCAGCGAAAGCAGGGCUUCAUGCCACUUUGGCGGAUGGCACAGAUGGAAAUAUGAGACCAAAGGGCGGCUCUACCAGGAUGGUGAGGUUUGCACCACAAACGCGACCGCCAUCUUCUUCAUUAAGAGUUAAUGGGGACUCAAAAGUGAGUCACCCACUUCCUACCGUUGUGGAUGAAGGUGCGAAUGCGCGGAGAGAAGCAGCGGUGGAACGCACCGAUGACCUCCUCGUUACUGAAACGAAGCCGGCAGGGUCGGCAACAGAGCGUUGGGACAUGGUCUAUACGUUUGGUGUGCCCGGUGUCUGUUGCGGCCUUCCGCACUGUUCUUUGUGCCCUCAGUCAUUAAGGCCGUCUUUGCAACCUGUGGAGUAG